AUGGACGGCCAUGUCAACUCAGUCGUGACAUAUUGCGACCAAGUCGGCGCUCAUCGUGUUCAUCGAUUUGACCCGGCCCAAAGUCGGCUGGGUGGUUCGUACCUCGCAAUGGCGGCGCCCGGCGCUUCCACAAAGACUGGAAGUGCUGCGUGCGCGCCAUUUCUAGCCCUGCUUCUUGUGUUACUGGUCACCGGAAGAGCUUGGUGUGAUCUUUGCAGAGGCUCCGUCGGUCCUAUGGAGUCGCGACGGCUUCGCGCCGGAGCUCGCGCGGAGCCGGAAAGGCCGAAGAGAGGACGGCGCCAGGUGCAUGCGAGCGCCAGUCGCACGAGGCCGAGCUUGAAGCAGGUGCUUCGUGGCGUGGUUCGAGAGACUGGAACCACACCAGUGGUGCAGCUGGUGUGGGAGGUGGAAGGCCAGCGCAAGCUUUCACCCUUCUGCGGGAGACUGAAGGCUGAACAGAUGAAGAUUGCCAGGCUGCAGGAGGGCGAUGAAGUUCAGGUGCGAGUGAUUCCAGGAGGGGAGCAGCUCACGUUGCAGCUCUUAGAUGCUCCCACUCAAGGCCGCGGUGCUCUGCAGCGUGCACCACACUCACGCAGAUAUCCCGAGCUCGAUUGGCCUCCCAAAGAGGGUCGGAAGGAUGAUUGGAAUUGGAUGGAUGCCGAGCCUCUUCCGUAUUGCCUGUGUGGCAUUGCAGCUCAGCAUCUCCGCAGCGAAGUGACUCAUGUGGAGGCGACCAAGGCCACCCUACGCUUCUUCUGGGAGCCCACAGGCUCUCGGGACUCUGACGACCUGCAGCUUGAGCUCUCGCCGAUUGCUGCGACGCUGCCCGCGGAGGAGCUUUGGGCUUACUUGAACCUAACGACGAGACCGCCGUGCAGCGAGCUGUUGCAGCCGGGGCAAUUCUUAAGCGUUCAACUGAAGGAUCCCGGAGCUUCUGCAGAUCUUCAGGUUGCUUUGUCUCCGUUGCAGCCCAUGCGGCCGCAGCCUGCUCUGUCUUCCGCAGGUAGCUACGCAACCCUCGUUUGGCGUCAGCACCUGGGGCGCGCGCGGGUCUUCGAUGCACAUCAGGUGGCGUUUCAAGAGACCCCUGAGCAGGUCGCCACGCGCAUGGUCGCGAAGUUUGGCCAGUUGAAGUCUUGGAGACUUCAAUCCAGCUCUGCAUUCGCCACUGCAGCGUUUGCCGUCGCCAGCGCAUCCAUGACUGGGGCGAGACAAGACCUAGUCAUCCUUGGCACCAUGCCCAGGGCAGAACGCUUGUCACUCUUGGCGCUGCUCAUCGCACAGCAUUUGGACCAAAAGCUCCUGUGGCCACAGGAGCGUGUGCUGCUGCUGGGUCCCUUUGCCAGAGAGAGGCUGCGAAGCCUGUACCGAUCGGCGGAGGGCGAUGAAUUGGCCCGGCAGCAUCUCAGCCGUGUGCGGCAUCGGACGAUCGCUGGCUCUUGCCGAUAUGUCCUGCAAAAGUUUGCGCACAUGGGGGACACGCUGACGCGCUCCAUCUCACUGGUGGUGCUGGAGGUUUGCCAUCCGCUCCUGGAGUUCAAAGGGAGUUGA